AUGCCGUUAACGAAGAGUGAGGUUGGCCCAGGAAGCCUUGAAUCAUUGUCCGAAUUGGGAUUGGGUCAUCGUAGGCCAAAUACGCCGUCAGUGAGCCACAUGGUACCCCGACGCGGUACGGGGAGGACAGGACCGCAACCUGCCAGCCGACAAAUGCCAAACGGCAAUGCUCAAGACUCAAACGCUGAGGAAAGCCUAAGACGAUCCGAUCGACUUGCUCAACAGCAGCAGUCUCAAGGGUCUCACGCCCCUGUUGAUGGUGUAUCGCGUGGUGAGGCACCUCAGUCCAACGCCAGACAAAGUGGCAACAGCCAUAUUCAGGCUUCUCCCAUCGGUCGUCAAGGCCAUGCGACUUCCGGUGGAACAAGUAGUACAGCUAGGCCAGCAGGCAAUCUACCAUUUCAAUUCGCCGCCACCUUCGACCAUCAACCUCCUCGACAAAUAAGACCUCGCCAACUUUUGCCACCCAUCAUCGUUCGCUUGCAAGUAGUGGGAGGCGUUGGACCAAAUGGUAUGGCAUCGCCAUUUGAUGCUCAGGGGAGUAUGCACGCAGUCUGCAAAUCUUCAACCGUACAGCCAGGAGCAGCUGAUGGAGAUCAAAUCGCGGCCUCGGCUCCGGAGCACCAUACUAUCUUACGGAGUAAGUCAGAGUGGACGUUUGAUUUGCGUCCAAUUGAAUUUCACACCACGGGCUAUUGCCAGCUCGAGAUCUAUUUUAUUUACGUUCCACGAGGAACAACCCCAGCGAACGACACCGUCCGCAUCGCGACAAUCACAUCUCGUCCAAUACAUGUUCACAGUUUCGCACCACUCUUCCCUGGGUAA